AUGAAGAAAAAAUAUAAUCUGAGUACCCAAAAUAACGACAAGAAAGCGAACAACAAGAACAAAAAUGAAGACAAAAAAGACAAUCUCAGCGUUGGAUUUUUUCAGCUAUUCCGCUUUGCCACCUGUAAAGACGUAGCGAUGAUGGUAGUUGGCGGUGUGUGCGCUCUGGUCCAUGGAGCCGCGGCCCCUCUCAUGCUGCUGGUUUAUGGGAUGAUGACCAACACAUUUGUGGCCUACGAACUCGAGAUGCAGGAACUCAAAGACCCAAACAAAACAUGCAGCGACAACCUCAUACACUGGACAAACGGGACAGUAAUCAUCACUGCAGACAACAGAACUAUGUCUUGUGGGGUGGACAUUCAGUCAGAGUUGACGAUGUUUGCGUAUUACUACGUAGGAAUUGGUGCUGCUGUCCUGCUUCUUAGUUAUAUUCAAAUUCUCUUCUGGGUAUCAGCAGCAGCCAGGCAAGUUAAGAAAAUCCGUAUGGAUUAUUUCCGCAAAGUGAUGAGAAUGGAGAUCGGCUGGUUUGACUGUAACUCAGUUGGAGAACUCAACACAAGAAUAUCAGAUGAUAUCAACAAGAUCAACAAUGCCAUCGCAGACCAGGUUUCUAUCUUUAUUGAGAGGAUUUCCACAUUCGUCUUUGGCUUCAUGGUGGGCUUUAUCGGAGGGUGGAAGCUGACCUUGGUGGUGAUAGCAGUGAGCCCUCUCAUUGGUAUAGGAGCUGCACUCAUGGCUAUGGCUGUAUCAAGGUUAACUGGUUGGGAGCUAUCGGCUUACGCUAAAGCUGGAGCUGUGGCUGAUGAAGUACUGUCUGGGAUCAGGACUGUUGCUGCGUUUGGUGGAGAAAAGAAAGAAACAGAUAGAUAUGAUCAUAACCUGGAGGAGGCCCAGACUUGGGGAGUGAAAAAAGGGAGCAUCAUCGGAGUGUUUCAGGGCUAUAUGUGGUUCAUCAUUUUCAUGUGUUAUGGUCUGGCCUUCUGGUAUGGUUCCCAGCUCGUCCUAGAUACUCAGGAGAUGACCCCUGGUACCCUCAUUCAGGUUUUCUUUGGUGUUUUGAUGGGAGCAAUAAACCUGGGACAGGCCUCCCCAUGUCUUGAGGCAUUUGCCUCUGGUCGGGCAGCUGCCAAGACUAUCUUUGACACAAUAGGCAGGGAACCACUAAUUGACUGUUUUUCUGAAGACGGCCACAAGUUAGACAAGGUUAAAGGGGAUAUUGAGUUCCAGGAUGUUACAUUCUACUACCCAUCUCGACCAGACGUGAAGAUUUUGAAUAAACUGAACAUGGAAGUCAAGGCUGGAGAGACUACAGCUUUUGUUGGACCCAGUGGAAUGGGGAAAAGCACGACCAUCCAACUAAUCCAAAGAUUUUAUGAUCCACAUGAAGGAAAGGUAACUCUUGAUGGGCAUGAUAUCCGCAGUCUGAACAUCCAGUGGCUGCGCUCGCUCAUUGGCAUAGUGGAGCAGGAGCCUGUUCUGUUUGGCACCACCAUCGCUGAGAAUAUCCGCUACGGUCGACUGGGGGUUUCUAUGGACGACAUCAUUCAUGCAGCAAAAGAAGCCAAUGCCUAUCACUUUAUCAUGGACUUACCACAGAAAUUUGACACUUUAGUUGGCGAAGGAGGGGGGCAGAUGAGCGGAGGGCAGAAACAGAGAAUCGCCAUCGCUCGAGCUUUGAUCCGAAAUCCUAAAAUCCUCCUGCUGGACAUGGCAACCUCUGCUCUGGACAAUGAGAGUGAGGCUGUGGUACAAGAGGCACUGGAUAAAGUACGUCAGGGGAGAACCACCAUAUCCGUCGCUCACAGACUGUCCACUAUUCGAAAUGCAGACGUGAUCAUUGGGUUUGACCACGGCGAGGCGGUGGAGAGGGGCACUCACUCUGAACUGAUGGAGAAAAAAGGAGUCUAUUUUACACUGGUGACGCUACAGAACCAAAGUACAACCAGCAAAAGUAACGAGGCACUCACAGAAUCUUCUAAAGAGGACUAUGAUCAAAGGCAACGGACACAGAGCCAACUUAGCUACAAAUCCAGCCUGAGGGGUUCUGUCCGACUUCGAUCUCACAGCCUUAGGUCAAAUAAUUAUGUCCCAGAUGCAGUAUCAGGAAGUCUUCAAAUUGUUCCUCGCGAAGAGAAAGAAGACUUAGAGGAGGAGGAGCCAGUGGAAUCGGCACCUGUGACCCGCAUCCUGAAGUACAACCAGCCGGAGUGGCCCUACAUGGUGCUGGGCUCACUUGGAGCAGCUGUCAACGGAUCCGUCAACCCCAUCUAUGCAGUCCUCUUCAGCCAGAUCCUGGGGACAUUUGCCAUCCCAGACCCUGUUGAACAGAGGAGACAGAUCAACGGAGUGUGUGUGGUGUUUUGUAUUGUAGCCGUCGUCAGCUUCUUCUCACAGUUUUUACAGGGUUAUGCAUUUGCCAAGUCUGGAGAGCUGCUGACCCGUCGGCUGAGGAGACUUGGUUUCCAGGCCAUGCUGAGGCAGGAGGUGGGCUGGUUUGAUGACCCCAUGAACAGCCCCGGAGCUCUGACCACCAGACUGGCCACAGACGCCUCCAUGGUGCAAGGGGCCACGGGCUCUCAGAUUGGCAUGAUAGUCAACUCCCUGACCAGUAUCGGCGUGUCCUUCAUCAUUGCCUUUUACUUCAGCUGGAAGCUCUCCCUGGUCAUCGUGUGCUUCCUGCCUCUCCUGGGACUGUCCGGGCUCUUUCAGUCUAAAAUGUUGACUGGCUUUGCUAAUGAAGACAAAAAGGCCAUGGAGGCAGCCGGCCAAGUGUCCAGUGAAGCUCUGUCUAACAUCCGGACCAUCGCGGGCCUGGCCAAAGAGAACUCAUUUGUAGAGACCUACGAGCAUCUGCUGGAGCCUCCCUUUAAAUCCGCCAUGAAGAAGGCCCACAUCUACGGCAUGUGUUUCGGCUUCUCCCAGUGUGUCAUUUUCAUGGCCUAUGCGGCGUCUUACUCGUUUGGAGGUUACCUGGUCAGCACAGAAGGACUGCCAUACACUUAUGUUUUCCGGGUUAUAAGUGCAAUUGUGAUCAGUGGCACCGCGCUGGGCAGAGCCUCCUCCUUCACUCCAGACUACGCCAAAGCCAAGAUAGCAGCCGCUCAGCUUUUCAAACUACUGGACCGUGUGCCCAAGAUCAGCAUCAAACACACGGACGGACAGACAUGGGAUGAUUUCAGGGGCGAAAUCAAUUUCCUUGACUGUAAGUUCACAUACCCAACGCGCCCGGACACCCAAGUUCUGAAAGGGCUGACGGUGGCGGUGAAGCCUGGGGAGACUCUGGCCUUUGUGGGGAGCAGCGGCUGUGGGAAGAGCACCAGUGUUCAGCUGCUAGAACGCUUCUAUGACCCUGAUCAAGGCAAAGUGUGGAUAGAUGGUCGGCCGUCCCAGAGCAUCAGCGUGCCUUUCCUCCGCUCUCAGAUGGGUAUCGUGUCCCAGGAGCCUGUGCUGUUUGACUGUAGCAUCAUAGAGAACAUCCAGUACGGAGACAACACUCGCAGCAUCAGCCUGGAGGAGGUCAUAGAGGCCUCCAAGAAGGCCUUCCUCCACGACUUUGUUAUGACUCUACCUGAGAAAUAUGACACUCAAGUUGGUGCUCAGGGCUCUCAGCUCUCCAGAGGACAGAAGCAGAGGAUUGCCAUCGCCCGAGCCAUUGUCCGAAACCCCAAGAUCCUCCUGCUGGAUGAAGCUACUUCUGCGCUGGACACCGAGAGCGAACAGACUGUGCAGACGGCUCUAGACGAGGCAAGAAAAGGCCGGACGUGUAUUGUGAUCGCACACAGAUUGUCAACCAUCCAGAAUGCAGACAUCAUUGCAGUCAUGUCCCAGGGAGCCAUCAUAGAGCAGGGUACACAUGACACACUGAUGGCCAAGAGGGGCGCCUACUACAAACUGGUCACUACUGGGGCCACUGUCAGCUAGGCAGUGUAAUGUGUAGUGAAUAGUGUGUCACAUGUCAAACUCCAAGGGACAAUGUUAUUUAUGUUUACUGUUUUUGUAUUUAAAAUGAUUUGAUUGUAUUUUUAGCAAAACAUAACUGGUCUUUAAGGCAUUCCUUUCCAUUUUUCGUUUGAACCCCACGUCAAGCACAUAACCCGGACUGCAUUCUUUCACCUCAAAAACAUAGCCCGUCUCCGCCCAUCACUCACCUUCUCUGCCGCUGAAACUCUCAUCCACGCAUUCAUUACAUCCAGAAUCGACUACUGCAAUAGCAUCCUCUACGGUACACCAUCCAAAACCCUCAACAGACUACAGUACAUUCAGAACUCCGCUGCCCGCCUCCUCACCCACACCCGCUCACAUGAACACAUCACUCCUGUCCUCCACAAGCUCCACUGGC